GAAUACCCGUCCUCACUAAAACACUGGGCGGUGUUGUUGAUCUCAAACCGGCUGGUUGUGUUGCUUUAUCGGAAUGACAAUGUAGGAUAUGUUUAAAUCAACGUUUUAAAGGCACUAUACCCUUGGCUCAAAUAUGCACGUUUGAUAUUUGAAAGUCUACUGCAUCAGGCUGGAUACAACACUACUCAUGGAAGAUGUUGAUGAAUUUCGGGACGACGUCAUUCCGAUUAAACCCAAUCCAGUACUCGAAAUAUGUAUUGUAUUCAAAGUAUACAAGAGGAGAUGGUUCAUUCUGUUCGUGCUGUGCUUGCUAAAUUGCUCAAACUCCAUAUUAUGGCUGACCUUUGCUCCAGUGGCAGACCAUUCAGCCCAGUUCAUGGGUGUCACCCUGGACCAGAUCAACUGGCUGUCCAUCAUCUACAUGGUAGUGGCCAUUCCUCUCAGUUUUGGGACCACAUGGAUGCUGGACACCUUAGGACUCCGAAUCACACUGGUGCUGGGUUCCUGGCUCAACAUGUUGGGAGCUGUGCUGCGUUUCGUGGGCAUCAUGAGGAGCCUACCAAGUGCAGCCAAUUUCCCCGUGGUGAUGGGGGGCCAAACUCUGUGUGCCCUGGCCCAGCCCCUGGUUAUCUUCACUCCCACCAAGCUGGCAGCCCUCUGGUUCCCAGAGCACCAACGGGCUACCGCCAAUAUGAUAGCCUCCAUGUCAAAUCCCCUUGGGAUUCUCAUUGCUAGCAUCUUUUCCCCUAUGAUUGUGGGGACUACCAACAACAUCCCUUUAUUGCUGUUCAUAUAUGCUGUACCAGCAGCUAUUAUCUGUCUCCUAGCAACAGUGGGGAUCCGUGAUAGUGCCCCCCCAACGCCCCCCUCAGCCAGUGCCGAAAGCUCCAACUCAGAGCCCUUCCUGGAGGGAAUCAAGCUGCUCCUGAGGAACAAGGCCUAUAUGAUUCUCCUGCUGUGUUUCGGCUCCGGGAUCGCUGUGUUCACCUGCUUCUCUACACUGCUGGAGCAGAUUAUGUGUGUCCGAGGGUACACUAAUGACUUUGCAGGACUGUGCGGAGGUCUCUUCAUUGUGUUCGGUAUAGUCGGAGCUGGCUUCCUGGGUCUCUACGUUGACAAGACCAAGAAGUUCACGGAGGUCACCAAGGUCAACAUGAGCCUCUCAGCGCUGGCCUGCAUUGCCUUCUCAGUGGUAUCUCAGAUGCGGAAUCAGGGAAUAGCUGUGGCCGUUGCUUGUUCACUCUUCGGCUUUUUCGGCUUCUCCAUUUACCCGGUUGCCAUGGAGUUGUCUGUGGAGUGCUCCUACCCGGUUGGGGAGGCCACCUCAGCAGGCCUGAUAUUUAUAUCAGGACAGAUCCAGUCAGUUAUCUAUAUACUGCUUCUUCAGGGGUUGACCAAACCAAUGGCCUACUCGCCCUUCUCUACCUGUUCUGUAGGAGGUGAUGCGGCCUUGAGUUGGAGGGUGCCCGUGCUGGUGAUGGCAGGCCUGUUCAGUGUCUUUACCUGCUGCUUCGUUAUCUUCUUCCACACGAAGUACAGGAGACUGGAUGCUGAGGCACAGGCUGGUGGAAAAAAGACAACUCUGACAACCUGUGACAGCACGUCAAACUCUGACCAAAAGUAGGAACAGGUCAGGGGUUAACUGAACUGCUUUGAGAUCACUACCUCACUGGCAUCAUUUCAGAAGCACGCCAAUUCUCACAGGAGGCCAAGUGUAUUGACUUAUCAUUACAUUCCGUUAUAAAGAUUAUUUAGGUUUUCAUUUCUACCUUUGCUAUACUGCUUCAUUCUCUAGUCCCAAGUGAAUGAUUUCAGUUUUUACAAUAGCAAUAUUUACUAUUGCUUAAACGGUGGUGGUAAACAGUGAUCAUAAGUUACUCAAUUUGAAACUGGGCUUUCCUUUUAUACAGGUAUGUAUUAAGAGGAAUAGCAUCUUAUGCACCUUUUGUACUGAUGCGGAGCAGAGUUGAGGUCAUUUCGGCUCGGUCUGUUAAAUUGGACAUUAAAUGUAUGAUGCAAAAGUAAUCCAAUAACAUAAUUAAACUGAUGGUGGUGGACAUGUAUGCUUGUGGGGUGUAGACAGACUAGUUCAUUAAAAAAAAAAUCUGGGUAUUUGAAUGAUGGCA